AUGUUUUAGGCUUGGAUUCUGUUUGUGUGCUCUAAGAUUGGUGCCACAAAUAAGAUUCCAUAAGUAGCGAAGUUGGUGCCCAGAGGUACUCAAAAUGUCGUGCGCCAUUAUCAAGUCUCAUCUUAGUCUUCUCUAUCUCAGGGAAUAUCGAUCAAACACAACCAUUCUUUCUUCAUAUGUUUUAGAUUUAAGUCGUCGAACAGAUUUGGGCGUCUGGAUGCGUUCCAAGCUUGACUUGUCCUUCUGCAGGGAAGAGAAGAUGAUAGUCUUGAACUCUAGAAUAAAAUGUCUAAUGCCGGCAUAAGUUUAUUCAUUGAAACUAAUACUGACUGUAAUGCUGCAGGAUCAGCAACUUGGGAUAAUGCGGGACAUCAUGUGACUUUUUCAAUUUACGGUCCAGACGAAGCUAAAAUUAAUGAGGAACUUACACAUCGUGCUGUUGUUGAUAUUACGGUUACUCCUAGAGCUGGUUUAAGAACUUCUAAAGAAGUUGAACUAGAAGUUUAUCUUAACCAGCUUAUUGAACGUCUAAUUGAUACCAAAGAGUUUCCGCGUUCCAAGUUUGUAGGACGACUGUUUAUUGUCACUGGUCACACUAAUGACCCGAGAACAGUGGCAGCAGCUAUAAAUGCAAUUUCACUUGCCCUCUUAUUAUCAGGUCUACCAUUACGAGCAACAAUAGCAGCGGUAUGUCAUACAAUUCACAAUGCAAGUAAGCAUAAGUAUACUAUUUCGCCCUUUAUUAUGAUACUGUUAAGAAUGAACAUAAUAAUAUUAUUGAUGCAACUACAUAAGAGAGAGCCGUUGUUUCAGGAAACUGGUUUUAACCAUACAGGGAUGGUUGAAGGCAAGAGGAAAAUUUAAGCUAUGGCUUUAUUAGAACCAGCGACCCGAUGCUUCACAAACUGACCUACAAUACCUGGCCACUAACCACCUCUUAAUUUGACUUUUAUGAUCGAGAGUUGUGCCCAGUUGUUGCGAGUGUGUUUCUUUUUGUAUUGUAUAUUGUUUUCUGCACACAGAUCAGGCUUGAAUUGCUAGUGCUUCUGGUGUACACAACUGUCGAAAGCGUACUCCUUUUGAACUAUUCCGUUUGACUCAGUAAAUGAUGCUGAUGGAGGACUCUGAUGGAGCCAGAUGUCCAGAGUUGACCAAAUUUUCAAGGACUGAACUGUUUUUUUAAUAAGUAGCACUUCAUAUUUACUUUUUAUGGUAAGAAGAAUAGGUUAGAUUGCUUAUUUAGUGGAGCUGAAUGUGCUGAUGUGGCAACUUGAACUGUUACACUGAAUCCCAAGUUUCACUUUAUUGUUGACUAACUGAUUCAUUGAUGCAGGUAGGUAGGGUUAAGGAACAUUUGGUCGUGUUUACAACCACACUCAGUAAGCUCCAGGAUGGUUUCGUAAUCUCUAAUAAACUUAUGUAGUCUAUACUUUAGUACGAAAGCCUAGAUGUUGUUGUUGAAUCGAACUGAAACGCCCUCAGCCACCUUGUGCACAUCCGUGCAGCAGGCACUGAGCCACACCUGUGUGAGGGCCAUUGAUGGUACUACCUGGCUGCCCACACCUCGGUAGGUGGGGCGGGGUUCGAACUCCACGACUCACUGGUUGAUAGUCAUCCCUCUAAACCACUGAGCCACAGCUCUAUUAUUGCUGAAUCAUAAAUGACCAAUCAAGUGGUCAGUGAAUAAAUCUUCGAUUGUAGAAUAAUCUGAGGAAACAUGUAUGCUUGAUGAUUGGCAAUAAGUAUGAAAUCAGGCUCUGACCACGAUGAAGAGCGAAAGCGGCUUAGACUUAGAUGACUGUUAGUCUUGCUGACGAAGGCUAACAGUAGUAUUAGGUAACACUCGACAAUUAUCCAGGCUUGUUGAGGAAAUCGGUACGAAGAAGGUGAUGGUUGGUGAAACCAUCCAUGAAGAAACUGGGUUCGUGAUUACCUCUCAAGACUAGUGGCUAGAAUGUUGGACGGAACAUUUUCAUGAACACUUCAGGUAGUCUAUAGUCACGACUUGUUUGGCUGGCAUCCUGAUCAAACCGGAGUGAGACGUAGAUGUCGACUCUUAAACUCACUUCAAAGGUGAUAAGACUAUUUUAAAUCUAAAACGAUGCAAAGCAGCAUAUCCUGAUGGUUUGCUACCUUAAGUCUUUAAAGAAGAAACUGAAAAAAUUACUGAAUGCCGUAAUGAAAGUGCUAAGUAGUUUAUAGGAAUCAAGAUUCCCCGCCAGACUGGUCCGGAGCGUCAUUACAUCAUCUCUGGCCCAGCCAAGAUGAAUGAUACCCAUCUAGGGACGAGUAUACUAUGAUGCGGUUCGUCCUGCCUUAUCACAUGGCUGUUUAAAAUGAGCGUCCAAAGUAGAAGAUAGGAAGAAAUUAAGGGUUCUAGACUAGAGGUGUUUUUGUAAGACUGGCUUUAUUAUGAUAAAGCCAUCAUGCAAGCAAUGUUGAGAUUGAGUGUAGAAUACUAGGCAAAAAUGGCACUUCAGUUGGCGGUGUGGACCGUCAGUAAUUGACAGUACUUGGACGUGUGUUGUGCAUGUCAAGGCACCACCUACUUCGACGUGCGAUGAUAGCUGGUGAGAGUUUCGGUUAAAAGAACGCCGAGUUGUCAAUCUAGGACAUGACACAAGUCCAUGAAUUAACUCUUUAACUGUUGAUUCCAUGUCAGUUUGAUUUUUGGUUAUUUCUCAGUGAAAGUAUUAUCUACCGGAUAACAUUUCAGACACAAUUCAUUGUUGUUCAUAUUCCUAUGUAAAGUAACUCUGCAUCUUCUUACACCCUGACUUUUUAUAGUUCUAUUUCUCCUCCUGAUCCUUCAUUUGUCAUAUAAAUGGUAGAAUUUUGCAAAUAUCUGGAACAGGUGCUGAGUCAUUUUUGUCAAAUGUUGAUUCGAUAGGCGAAGCUCCAGUUAUCAAUCCCCUUCCUUCUGUUUAUAAGGUAGUUUUAAGAACCAUAAAUCUAUUCCAUCCUACUCAGUGAUUGUUUGUAAUGCUAUAGCUGAGUUUUUCUCCUCUUUUAUUAUCUUAAUAGGGUCUCUCAGUCUAGAUUUCGCCAAGUUUUUGCUGUGGUAUUCUAUUUUAACCCUGGUUGACCAUUUGGAUCUACGUAACACCACGCAAUCGUUCAGGGGAAUUCGAUGAAACAAAUUUUGUAGAAUGAGCUGUAUAGGAAAUCCCUUAAUCUACAAAACUUGUUCCUUAUUAGAUUUUUAAGUGCCGCCGAAAUCCCUGCCCCAUUAAGAAUCACGUCAAGUACUAACACGUCUAGCCGAACACCAAAAAAUUCCUAUGAUCUAGAAAAACUUGAAAAAAGCUCUGCUAUCAUAACUCAUGCCCUAUAUUCAGGUCAUAAAAUAUCAUUCGAACAGACAAAAGUUCUGCAAAAGGGUUUUCUCUCUCACAAAGAGCGGACCAUUGCAAAAGCUUUGCACAUCUGCUCAUAUCCUUCUUCGGUCAACAGAAAAGAUGGGUUAGACAUUCCACUAAUAUGGCAAACAUUAAUGACUCGCCUAGGCAGUUAUAAAUAUUAUCUGAAGAGAAAGUAGAUUGUCUAGCCCUAUUACAUACACCUUAUUGAUAUACUAUUUUCAUCAAUUUUACACAACUCUCUGCGUCACAUACAUUCGAUGAACCAUAACAACUUGAAAUAUUUCCAAAUCUCCACAACCCCCUCAAAAUAUAAUCCAUUUCGUUAUUACUCAUACUUCAAGUGUUAUCAAAAGUACAUUUAUGGUUAUUAUUAUUAUUUAUUUAAGAUAUAUUGUCUCAUCUUCAAAUAUUCAUCCUUCCAAACUAGUAAUCUAUUCUUUCUCACCCUUGAUGUCUCACAACCCGAUUGUACUUUUCAUAGACGAACUAAAAAAUUUACCCACCGUAUUUUUUUGUCCCACCUUACUGGCACAACGGAAAAACCUCUCUGACCGAGUUGCUUAUUCACUCACCUGUAUUACAUUGAUGUUUGCUCCAUAUCACUAUGUAAUUGGAUGAUUGUAAAGGUCCCAACUUUGUGUACCAAAACUUGAAUAUUAACCUGAAAACUUAAUGUUAGAAUCAUACUCUUGAAAAGGAUCUUCCUACCAAGAUGGAAACGUUGAGGAAUAAUACAAAAUAUUUGUUUAUUUUGUUAUUUGUUCUAAUAUACUACGCCGGGAUUACACAAGUAAAAAUACAUCCUAUACAAUGAAUCCUGUAUGAGUCUCCUGACACCUUCCAUAUAUGGUGGUGACGCCGUAAACGCUUUUACUGAUAACAUAGAAUGACCUUAAGUUGAAGCAUCAAUUCGAAGGCUCGUUCGGCAUUUGCUAACCUGUGUCGUCUGUCGCAUCGACUGGCGAGAUAUCAGACUACCUAUCAAAAGACGAGUAUACUGCACUGCAGUCUAUUCUGUCCUGUUAUACGACUGGGUUUAAGGGUAGAAGACAUGAAACAUUUAGAGGAUUUUGUUCACAGAUGUCUCUGUAGCAUUCCUCGCGUUUGGUGGAAUCACCCUGUGAGGAAUGUUGAGGUCAGAAAGAAACUAGGCAAGUCGAUUAUUGAGAUUGUGCAUCUUCACCGACUAAGAGAUGGCUUGUGCAUGUACUGCGCAUGCUGAGUAGCCGCCUGCCUCAAUGAACCAUGCUAGGGGAAGUUAAAAGAGGAUUCAGGGUGGCCAGAAUACGACCUGGCGCCAGCCCACAAAGUUUCGAAUUGUUGUUCUAAAUCGCGUCGAGCGAUGUAGACUGCCUAAUUGGGGUUCCCGAGACGAUGGUUAAGGACUGUUGGUGACAGGGCUGAAAAUCGGUCUCAGUGGUGCAGAUAUAUUCACUUUUUGACGCUCUCUAAAGCAUAAUUAUUGCACUAACAGUUAUUUUCGGAUUGUUAAUCCUUGUUUUUUGUGUACUAUAUAGGAUUGUGGCAACUUAAAGCAAUGGACUUAUGUGCUAGUUUAUAUGUUGGUUUUGUUUGACAUUUAUACCUUUCCUUUGUUUUAGUGAUCACAUUCGCGGUGGAUGUCACUCAUCCAAAGUUGUGCAUGAAGAAGAAAAGUACCAAUGAACCUAGUAUUUUUGCUGUCUAUACUGGUCAGACACCUUGUACAAGAACUGAAAAAAACAAUGGAACCUCACUUCACAUACCAGUUCGAAAUUUCUUAGAAGCAAUACAAAUUCCAGAUUCACUAAACGACGAUCCUGAGUCUUCAAGGUUUUCCACUGGUGAAGGACUCUAUGAACAAGCUGUCAGUUUGCUUGAUGCAAUGGUAUCACAAAUUGUUUCCAGUGUACAUAUAUAAUAAAUGACUAUUUUUUUCAUUUAUUGACUUCAGUGUUUAUUUACACAUAUCUUGUCCCUACCGAUAGCUACUACGUUGACAUGGUGAUCGAGCUUGCAUGUCACAAUAACCCAACGAGCUAUGUUGAUGGAAGAUUUUUUCCCUCGAGGUCCUACCAUCCUAGAAAGGUCUGUUGGAUAGUAGUAAGACGAAAAGCAGUUACCACUUUAGUGUAAAUUACUACGCUAUGAUGGGAUCUGAGGGCGAAGUUGUACUGCUGCUAGUUGGAUGAAGUGUGACAGCGGUAAGGUGUUGCCCUUGGAUGACCAGCAUUGCAAUGCUGAUGCCACCUUUCAAACGGAAAGUAGAGUUAGAAAAAAUUACACACCCCAUCUCUUCGCGGUGUGCCGAUGCAUGCAACAGCAGUUUCUAGUUGGAUUCAAAAGCAAACACCGAAAUUGCCAAAAGGUUAUGUGUGACCGGCCUGAAGCAGAUGUCACAUGAACUCUGCGGUCACACACUAUCUGUUCUUUUUCAAGUACCCUUGAAAAAAAAUAGCAUUUCACGGUGUGGACAACUAGGAAGUAUCAACUGUCCUCACGCUUCCAGUAGUAUUCGAGACCCAAUCAAACAUAACCUAAACUCUGUCUACUCCUUUGCCUUCACCUCCUGAAAUUAGUAUUAAACUCUUCCAACCUUUCACUCUGCAACCAUUGCCGGCGAUCAAAGCCAUGGAAACUUCAUUCCUAGUCUUCUAAGACCCCGUCAUCGAUUUUAUGUGGGAACUCUCAACGUCCGAACUCUAUACCAAACCGGACAGCAAGCAUCGCCAGAAC